GCUUUGUAAACAGUCGAGUCUACAUGUGAAUAUGUACAGUACUUCAGUAGCAGAUUUGUUUUACAGUGUACGUUCGUCAUACCACCAUAAACACUGAUGCUUUUUAAAGAGCAUAAUCAUUUUGUUUAAAGUUGGAGCUGGUGCUUCUCCAGUCAGGAUGAAUUUUGGUUCCAAAGGCAAAAAGCGGAUGGUUCUGCCGACCCGACCUGAUCCGCCGACAGUGGAGCAGAUCAUGGAGGAUGUGAACCGUGCCUUUCCCAACGAUCCAGUGUUCACUGUUUCACACACUUCUGCUGAAGAUUUGAAGGGCAGUUCCAGCAACGGUGAAGUGGAGGUGAGGUUCCAGCAGAGCAGGCGCUACAUAGAGCUUCAUGAGCGAUUGCAAGAGGAACGCAGCAGUCUUGCACGGCGGAGAGAUGAGCUGCGCGCGGCUGGAAAAUCUUUGGAAAACAAUGUGAUGGAGGUGAAAAGUAGUGCAAUGUGACUUCCGAACAUUCACAGCGACAUUUUAUGAACUGGACAUUUGCUUGUUUAGUCGAGGAUUUGGGCAUGGCACUUGUGAAUGCAUCAAAUAAAGCUUCAAAUCUAAAGAA